AAAUUAUUCUCUUUUUAACAUCUGGCAAUACAGCAUUAAGAGGACAUACACAUAAAGGCAAAUUUAAUGAACAUGAAUAUAUAAAUGAAGGUAACUUUAUGCGUUCAAUGAAACUUUUAGCUGAAUUUGAUCCUGUUAUGAAUAAGUUAUUGAAUGAUGAAAACAAAAAAAUCAAAUAUCUUAGCUGGAAAGUAUAGAAUGAAUUAAUUAGUAUACUUGCUACUAUUAUAAGAAAUUUAAUUUGUCAAAAAGUUCAAAAUUCGCAAUGCUUUUCUAUUAUUGUCGACUCCACACAAGACAUUACAAAAAUUGAUCAAGUCAGUAUAAUUUUGCGUUAUACAAUACUCAACUUUGAUGAACGAAAUUUAAGUAUUGAAGAGUCAUUUUUAGGGUUUUAUGCCAUUGAUAAACAUGGUGCUAAAGACUAUAAAGCUCUUAUAAAUUCCAUUCUUAAAGAUUUACAUAUUAGUAUAAACAAACACAGAGGUCAAGGGUAUGAUGGUGCAUCAGUAAUGAGCGGGCUUUAUUCAGGUGUUCAAAAACGAAUCAAAGAUCAAGUUCCCUUAGCACAAUACGUGCAUUGUUGUGCACACAAUUUAGACCUGGUUAUUUCAGAUGCUGCUAAAAAUUCAAAACAAGUUGCAUCUUUUUUUUUGAAACUGUGCAAAGCAUAUUUAAUUUUUUUAGUUCAAGUGCUCCACAUUGGUCAAUUUUAGCUUUUGAUGAAGCUGAUACCAAAAAAAUAAAAGCUAAAGUUCUGAAAAAGUUAUGUGUGACAAGAUGGGAAGCACGACAUGAAUCGAUUUAUUCAUUAAAAGUCAGAUUUAUUGAUGUACUGAAAGCUUUAACAAAUAUAUCCUUAACAAGUUCUAAAACCAACGAAAUAAGUAUGAGUUUAUCUUUGAAAAAAAAUUAGAAUCAGUAGAAUUUAUUUUCCUUCUUUGUUUAUGGGAAGACAUUUUAAAACCCUUACACGGAGUGUCUAAGUUUCUUAAAAAAAAAAGAUACAAAUUUACAUAAUGCAUGUGAAAACUUGAAACAAGCUACAUCUAUAAUUAAAGAAUUGAGAAAUAAUUAUCAUACUUUAAUGAAAACAGCCAAAUUUAUGUGUACAAAAUGGGGCAUUCCUCAGAAAUUUCAUGUACAUAGAUUAAAGUUUGGAAGAAGAUAUUUUGAUGAAGUAGAUGGCGACCGUCAAUUAGAUAUUUCAGAAGAUAAUUUAAGAAUCAACGUUUUUCUUCCAGUCGUUGAUACAGUAAUUUUUCAAUUAGAUAAUCAAUUCCAGGGUUUAAAAAAGGUAAUUGAAUAUUUUGGUUUCUUAAAUCCUUUUUCAUUAGUUAAUAGCACGGAAGAUGAUAUCAUUAAAGCUUCGUAUGAUUUCAUUCAUUUUUAUAACGUUGAUAUUAGCUCAGAUUUCACCAGACAACUUUUAUGCAUAAAAAAUUUAAUAAAUUUAAAAAUAACUAAAAAUAUUAAACAACUAGCCAUGUUUAUUAUUGAAAAUGAUUUUUACAUCACUUAUUGUGAAGUAUUAAGUGCUUGUAUUAUAUAUCUCACAUUACCAGUCGCGGUUGCAUCAGCGGAACAUACGUUUUCGAAGUUUAAAUUAAUUAAGAAUUCUUUAAGAAAUUCAAUGGGUCAAAAUCGUUUGUCAAAUAUUGCUCUAUUAAACAUUGAAAAAGAACAAGCCAAUAUCCUAGAUAUGGACAAAAUAAUCAAUCAAUUUGCUGAAACCAAAGCAAGAAAAGUUAAUAUACUUAGUUAAAU